CAGAUGGCGUCGUGAGAGGUGGUUGUUGUUGGUUGUGUUUUGUGCCUUACGAUUGUUUGUAGUACUUUAGAUUCUACUGUUAGGUGUUACGUGACAGUUUUCACUGUGAAAAGAAAGCUACAGGAUGGCUAGUGUUACAUAUCAUUUUAGAGAUUGUUUCAGGGUAAUAAAUAAAGAAGCUCUGCAUUGGUUUCCUGGCCACAUGGGAAGAGGGCUGAAGCAAAUGCAACAGAAGUUGAAAUCAGUAGACUGUGUCAUUGAAGUACAUGAUGCUAGAAUACCAUUAUCAGGACGUAACCCAGAUUUCAAACAUACGGUUUGCGGUCUGAAACCACAUAUAUUGGUGCUGAACAAGAAAGACUUGACAGAUAUGAGUUACAGCUCUAAAGUGUUAGCUCGACUGAAGCAGGAAGGUACACCAGACGUGCUGUUCACAAACUGUAAAGACGCGAAGUGCAACGGCGUGAAGAAGAUAAUUCCAAGAGCAUGUGAACUCAUUUCGAGCUCAAACAGAUACAAUCGGUCAGAGACUAGUGAAUACAGUAUCAUGAUUGUCGGCGUUCCAAAUGUUGGAAAGUCGUCACUUAUAAACACGUUGCGUAACAGAUUUCUUGGCAAGUCUAGUGCAGCUGCAGUAGGUGCAAAGGCGGGAAUCACGAAGAGUGUUCAGAACAUUAUUAAAGUCAGCGAAGAACCAAAAGUGUAUCUUAUUGACACGCCUGGCAUACUUACUCCAUCUAUUAGAGAUGUGGAAGCAGGCCUUCGCCUUUCACUAUGUGCAAGCCUGCAGGAUCACCUGGUGGGGGAAGAAAUUAUCGCGGACUAUCUUCUCUUCUGGUUGAACAAACACCGACGCUUUAAUUAUGUAGAGCUCAUGGGUCUCCAAGAACCUUCAGACAACAUAGGCACUGUGUUAACUCAGUGCGCCCUGAAGUUGGGUAAAACUUUAAAGGUAAGGAAUUAUGAUGGACAGUACAUAUACAAGCCAGAUAUGACAUCUGCCGCAGCAUUUUUUUUAAAGGCUUUUAGGAAGGGUGAUCUGGGAACAAUAAUGUUGGACGAAGAUCUUGUACUGGGCACUGUAUCGUGAUAAAUGUCUUCCUGCGUAUACCUAGUAAAUUUAAAAGUUAGAUGAGUAAUCUGAUUGCCCAGUUACAAUUGAUCCACAUCCAUACUCUGCAAACCACUGUGAAGUGCAUGGCACAUUUCUUUCGAAACACGUGACUCUCUCGAACUAUAGAAGUGGCUAAUCUCAAAAGGCCUAUGAUACGAUGCACAUCAGUCAUACGGGCUAUUUAAAUUGAAGUGUGUUACAAAAGACAGUUGUUUUUUCUUUACUCAUUCUCACUCAGCAAUUUAUAUGUACAGAAGACUGAAGCAUGCAUACAGUACGAAAACACUUUUGGUCAUGCCAAAUGUGUAACUUAAAGACUGAACACUAAAAUUAAGAUUUUAGAUUUUUCUGUCCUCUGUUGCUCCAUAGCCAAGGGGCUCAAACUUACCUUUUUUCUGUGUUUUUGCCACAUCAACAGACAGUUAUUAACUUAAUUUUUCUGUAUGGAUACUAUUCCCUUUUGUAUUCUGUUUUACUUAACUUUUUGGAAAUAUAUCAGGUGUUUUUCGUUAUUUGUAUAACUGGUUAAGUGGUGGAAGUUUUUGGUACAAUGUAAUUUCACUUAUAACUAAAAAUAUGAAAACUGAAGAUAUCUGUAUGCAACUGCCUUUUGUUCAGAACUGGAACAUAAUAAUUUAAAUUCAGAUACAAAACGGAGGAUGUAAGUUUUCUACAGUGUUUAGCAUAGUUCAUUUCUGUUAAAUGUGUGUGCCUUAUGAAUUGUUAUGAAUUGAAAACAGCAAGAGUGCACAGUAUUAAUGUACUGUGGUGUGCACUUAUGAAUGUCUAGUGCUUAUUGGUUAUAAAAAAGACGUGCCAGUAUUUGUGAAACUUGUCCAUUUCUAUCAAAUUAUCCAGGCUUUUGCAGUGCCUAAUUUUUAAACUGAACCAGACUCUUCACAUAAACUGCAUACUCCUCCUUACAGUAGGGCCUAAUGGAAAUUCCAGGAUGGGAAUGAAAAAAAAAGCAAAUAUGGGAAAGGUAACCGUACACAUAUGAACUGAUAAUGUGUACUGCAUGUGCAACAGCAUGAAGACUUAAUUAGCUGUCAUCACUUACAUGUGACUGAUUGUCAUUUCCUGUUUUUUAAAUGAAGUAUGAACUGUUGUGUAGGUAUUUUACUUGUGCAAGGUAGUGCUGUAGGAGAGUAAAUAGCAUUUUAUCCAUCCUCAGCCAUGCUGUAGUGACAUUUAUUAUUACCUGUUAUAAGGUGCUUUUAAGCAAGUCAAUCUAAUUGUUGCUGUUAUGUAAGAGCUUUCGUGUACAUUCUCUAUUUUAAAA